GAUUGGGGUGGCGGAUAGAGACGGGGCGCGAGGGAUACGGCAACAGCGUCUUGUCGCUACGAAAGUGGAUUCUUACAACAUUUGUGCUGAGGGGAUAUCGAAAGUAGCCCUAAUAGUUUACUGCAGCAUUUCACAUUCGACUGCAGUGGAGGAUACACAGCAGCCAGUGGCGAGUAGGGCGCGCUCACCACUGCAAUUUCGGGGCAAAGAUUGACUGGCGGCGUCUUGCGGAUACCUGUUCGUGUCUUCGGAGGAGGCAGCGUCCACGACUUUCCCUGCAUUUUACGAUGCGCUUCGGAAGAAUGCAGUUGAGGGAUCUGUGUUAACCCAGCAGCAUUACGCCGUUUCCGGUUCCCAGCUGGUGUUUCCCGAUUGCAAAUCUAUCGGAAAAAAGCAGUGGAUCCCGAUGGCAUGGACACUUACGCAAGGUCUGCCGCGCCGCCGUGCUACUGGAGCCUAUUCGCAGUUUCUUCAGCCUUCAACCCAGCUCCACCGCCAUCGCCCCGCAGCCCUGCCGCAACGCGACCACCGAACAUCGAGCCAAAGCAGGCGGCAUGAGGAGGCUUGAUUCGGUACACUUAUCCAUGCUGCUCAUCGGGGUCUCCUUCGCCUGCUACUCCCCGAGUCUGAAUUCCCUGCAGGACCAGGCUUACAGAUCCGCCGUGGUGAUUGAGGGCAAGGUGCAGUCCGCGCCUCAGAACGUCUCAGCGGAGCUGUACAGUGUGAAUGUCAAAGUCCUGGACUUGUGGCCGCGAAACAGCGGGGGUCUGGAGCGGGAGCAGCUCGUCACCGUGGGGGAAUUUGGCUCGGAGGCUCCGUGCGCCAAAGUGAAGAAGAAUCACAAGUAUAUAUUUUUCAUGGACCCAACUGAUGAACCCUUGGUUUUUAAAGCGUCGUUUGCGCCCUUAGAUACAAGUGGGAAAACCCUGAAAAAAGAUGUUGGGAGGAUCUUGUGUGAAGACUGCGCUGCUCCUCCCUCACUGAAGCGCAUGAAAAAUCCUGUGUUGGUGGACGAAGGAAGCAGGCUGAUUGUGAGGUGUGAGGCCUCCGGCAACCCCACCCCGCAGUACAAGUGGUACAAAGAUGGCACUGAACUGAAGAAGAGCAAAGAGAUCAAAAUUUCCAGGAACGGCAAGAAAACUUCCAAAGUUCAGAUCAGCAGUGCAAAGCUGGAGGAUUCUGGGAAUUACACAUGUAUGGCAGAGAAUAUUCUGGGGAAGGACAACAGCACCAGUACAGUGCACGUACAAAGCAUAACCACAACGUUAUCUCCGGGUUCGGGUCACGCCAGAAGAUGCAACGAGUCAGAGAAGGCGUACUGCGUGAAUGGCGGCGACUGUUACUACAUACAUGGUAUAAAUCGGCUAUCCUGCAAGUGUCCAAAUGACUUUACUGGUGAUCGCUGUCAAACCUACGUUAUGGCCAGUUUCUACCAGUCUCUUGGGAUUGAAUUUAUGGAGGCAGAGGAGCUCUAUCAAAAGAGAGUCCUGACAAUCACCGGCAUCUGUGUGGCUCUUUUGGUGGUGGGCAUAGUCUGUGUGGUGGCCUACUGCAAAACCAAGAAACAGAGGAAGAAGAUGCACAAUCAUCUAAGGCAGAACAUUUAUGUGGAUCAUCCCAACCGCAACCUGGCCAACGGACCCAAUCACCCAGGACCUGGUCCUGAGGAGAUACCCAUGGUAGAUUAUAUCUCCAAAAAUGUACCGGCGACUGAGAGAGUCAUUAGACACGGAGCAGAGGCACCUUUUCCUGGCACCCGGCAGUCUUCCAGAUCCCACAACUCCUCCACCCGGGCUCAUUCCUCCACUCACAGACAUGAAGGGAGAACGUGGAGUCUGGAGCGAACAGACAGCGUCCUUUCCGACUGUCCUUCCGGCAUGAUGUCGUCCUCAGUGGGGACCAGUAAAUGCAACAGUCCUGCGUGCAUGGAGGCACGGGCCAGGCGUGCCGCACACUGUGGCUUUACUGAGCCCCACCGGCCGGCCCUGCAGUACGGCGACUCUUUCGACUCGCUUGGGGACUCUCCGCAUAGCGACAGGUACGUGUCGGCACUGACCACUCCAGCUCGCCUGUCUCCCGUGGACUUCCAUUACUCACUGCCCCCGCAGGUACCUACCUUCCAGAUCACGUCUCCCAACGCUAGCCACGCCAUGUCUCUGCCCCCCGCCGCCCACGCCCCCUACCCGCCAGAGGAGGACCAGCCGCUGCUGCGGCGCUACCAGGUGCCCCUGCACGAGGCCCGGGGCCACGAGCCCUACUGGCAGCAGCAGCACGGCAGCUACCUGCGAGACAGCACCGGCAGCCUUCCAUCCAGCCCCUACCGGCUGACUCAGGAGGAAGAGUACGAGAGCACCCAGGAGUACCUCUCCUCGAUGGAGCAACCAAAGAGAAGCAGUCGGAGUUGGCACAGGUCCAGACUCAACGGCCACGUGGCGCCACGCGGCUACCAACCCUCCCGGGACUUAGGCUCGCGCAGCUGCCUGUCGGACAGUGACUCGGAGGAGGAGGAAGGUGAGAGCACGCCCUUCCUCAGUAUGCAGAACAUGAACGCCACCGAGCCCGCCACCCUCUACAGGCCCGUGCCUGACACGCAGACUUCUCACGCCCAGAGCGGGCGGCACGGGCCACGCGCCAACACACAGACCAGACUGACGCACUCGCGCUCCAAACUGGACAAUGCACCCCACUAGAGAGACCGCCACUUAUCCACAAAAACCGAUCUACUAUAGACAUGCACCUAUAAGAAAUAUUUUUAUUUUAUAUAACUGACAGAUAUUAUAAACAAAUGAAAUAUUUAUUUUCAUUUUAGCAAAAGUUGUCUACUAGUUAACAGCAAAGACUUUUUUUAUAGGGAAAACUCUAUUUAUAUGUACAUUUUGAUUUACAGCAUAAAAAAGAUGUGCCAAUUUUUUCACAACUUAAAAAAAAAAUAGAGUAAUAUUGUGGUGCCUUUUGCUGUAUGCUGAGGGCCAGAGGGCCAGUGGAGUUUUUUGUAGCCUUUCUUAUACGGACGCCUCAUUUUUUAUACUCGUUUACUCUUUUGUUGUCUCUUUUUGGCCUUUUUUCCUUACUUUCCUUUCCAGGUUGUGUUCUUUUGGGAGCUGACCCCCAUCUGAACUGUGACAUCCCCCCCCUUUCCACCGUCAUGCAAUAUAAACCACUCUAACAUAA